AUGGCCUGCGAGAGACCAAUCUCGCUGUACGACAGCGACGACGAGGACAUUGUAUACGAUGGGGAUGAUGUGCGGAAGCGUAACGUCGCCUAUUACUAUCAUCCAGACGUCGGACAUUUCCACUAUGGUCAACUUCAUCCGAUGAAACCGCAACGGCUAGUGGUAUGCAACGAUCUGGUCGCCUCAUACGAAAUGCCUCGAUACAUGACAGUCGUUCAAUCGCCGAAACUCGAAGCAUCCGACAUCGCCGCGUUUCACUCCCAAGACUAUGUCAAUUUCCUUCAAACCGUCACUCCGAAACUCGCGACGACGAUGCAAGACGACGUGCUUCGAAAGUUCAACAUCGGCGAGGAUUGCCCGUUAUUCGCUGGCCUUUGGGACUACUGUACACUGUAUUCGGGUGGAUCAGUGGAGGGUGCAAGACGGUUGAAUCAUAAGAUGAACGACAUCGUUAUCAAUUGGCCUGGCGGACUUCAUCAUGCGAAGAAAUCAGAAGCAUCCGGAUUCUGUUACGUUAAUGAUAUUGUGUUGGGAAUUCUAGAGCUACUGAAGUACCAUAAAAGAGUACUGUACAUUGACAUUGACAUACAUCAUGGAGAUGGUGUCCAGGAAGCGUUUAACAAUUCGGAUCGAGUUAUGACAGUAUCAUUCCAUAGAUUCGGUCAGUAUUUCCCAGGAUCCGGAAGUAUUAUGGAUAAAGGAGUGGGUCCUGGAAAGUACUUUGCUAUUAAUCUCCCAUUAAUGGCUGCGAUUCGAGAUGAGCCUUAUGUGAAGUUGUUUGAAAGUGUUAUAAGUAGUGUCGAGGAGAAUUUCAACCCGGAAGCGAUUGUACUGCAGUGUGGAUCAGAUUCGCUGUGUGAGGAUCGUCUCGGACAGUUUGCUCUAUCAUUCAACGCGCACGCUCGCGCCGUAAAAUAUGUAAAAAGUCUCGGAAAACCGCUGAUGGUUCUCGGCGGCGGUGGCUACACUCUCCGCAACGUGGCUCGUUGCUGGGCACUGGAAACCGGAGUGAUUCUUGGCCUUCGAAUGAAAGACGAGAUCCCAGAGUCCUCUCUCUACUCCCACUACUUCUCGCCACGACUACUUCGUCCGUUGUUGACGCCGAAGAUGGCUGACGCCAACUCGCCUGCCUAUCUGGAUUCCAUCGAAAAAGAGACGCUGGAAUGCUUGCGAAUGAUUCGUGGCGCUCCGUCGGUUCAGAUGCAAGAGAUCGUUGGCAUUCGACUGGAUGAAAUCGAGCAAAUCGAGGAGAACGAGCGGCUCGCGAGGACUUCCAUGGAGAAGGAGGUGUACAAAAUGACGGAGAAAAUGGAGGAGGACUGUUUCGUAGAAGACCGACACCAUCCGACGUCUUCUGCUUCCUAUCCACAAGGAGAAGAUCCACGACGAAUCGGCCAAUAUUGGGGGUACGACGGGUUGGCACCGCCCAGAAGUCGUUCAGAUGUAAUUGAAGAGGAGAAGUACGAGGAUAAAGAGCGACGGAAGAACCUGAACAUGCCGGGAAUUCCUUAA